AACAACAAUCAAUCAUGGGGCUUGAUGAGUUCGAACCAACAACCUCAAUUCUUCAAACUUAUGAAGAACUCUCUCUCCGGCUACCCUUUAUCCUCUUGGAAUGUCACUGACGUUGGUGGUACUUACGACUACUGUAGCUUCACAGGCGUAAGAUGCGACGGACAAGGGCUAGUCACCGAUCUUGAUCUUUCCGGUUUGUAUGUCUCCGGGAUUGUCCCAGAAGGGAUUUGCUCUUACUUACCAAACCUCCGUGUACUUCGUCUCUCUCACAACCAUCUCAACAGAAGCAGCAGCUUCCUCAACACCAUCCCUAAUUGUUCUCUGCUUCAAGAGCUAAACAUGAGCUCUGUAUAUCUCAAAGGAACUCUCCCUGAUUUCUCACCGAUGAAAUCUUUAAGAGUCAUCGAUAUGUCUUGGAACCACUUCACCGGUAGCUUCCCUAUCUCGAUUUUCAAUCUUACCGACUUAGAGUAUCUCAAUUUCAAUGAGAAUCCAGAGCUUGAUCUAUGGACUCUACCGGAUUAUGUCUCUAAGCUCACAAAGCUCACACACAUGCUCUUGAUGACUUGUAUGCUCCAUGGUAAUAUUCCAAGAUCCAUUGGGAAUUUGUCUUCUCUUGUUGAUCUUGAACUUAGCGGUAACUUCCUCUCCGGUGAGAUUCCAAAAGAAAUAGGGAAUCUUUCCAACCUGAGGCAGCUUGAGCUUUACUAUAACUAUCACUUAACCGGGAGUAUACCAGAGGAAAUCGGUAAUCUCAAGAAUCUUACGGAUAUCGAUAUCUCGGUUAGUAGGUUAACAGGAAGCAUACCGGAUUCAAUCUGUAGUCUUCCAAAACUUCGAGUGCUUCAGCUUUACAACAACAGCUUAACAGGUGAGAUUCCCAAGUCACUUGGCAACUCAAAAACCUUGAAGAUCUUGUCUCUCUACGACAACUACUUAACCGGUGAACUCCCGCCAAAUCUUGGAUCUUCCUCGCCUAUGAUCGCUCUUGAUGUCUCGGAAAACCGCCUUUCGGGUCCUCUUCCGGCCCAUGUUUGCAAAUCCGGUAAGCUUUUGUACUUCCUUGUACUACAAAACCGGUUCACUGGUUCGAUCCCUGAGACUUAUGGGAGCUGCAAGACCCUCAUACGGUUCCGUGUUGCGAGCAACCGCCUAGUGGGAUUCAUACCACAAGGAGUUAUUUCUCUGCCUCAUGUCUCCAUCAUCGACUUGGCUUACAACUCCUUGUCCGGUCCAAUACCUAAUGCUAUCGGUAACGCUUGGAAUUUGUCAGAGCUGUUUAUGCAGGGUAACAGAAUCUCCGGUGUUCUACCUCACGAGAUCUCUCAUGCCACCAAUCUUGUGAAACUUGAUCUCAGUAACAACCAACUUUCUGGUCCAAUACCUUCAGAGAUCGGAAGACUUAGGAAACUGAACCUACUUGUACUGCAAGGCAACCACCUCGAUUCUUCGAUACCUGAAUCACUUUCCAAUCUCAAAUCUCUCAACGUUCUUGAUCUGUCCAGUAAUCUCCUCACCGGAAGAAUCCCUGAAGACCUCUCCGAGUUGCUCCCAACCUCGAUUAAUUUCUCCAGCAACCGGCUCUCCGGUCCCAUCCCUGUCUCAUUGAUAAGAGGAGGUCUUGUAGAAAGCUUUUCGGAUAACCCGAAUCUCUGUGUUCCGCCAACUGCUGGUUCAUCGGAUUUGAAGUUCCCGAUGUGUCAAGAGCCUCGCGGCAAGAAGAAGCUGAGCUCCAUCUGGGCAAUCCUUGUCUCAGUCUUCAUCCUAGUCCUAGGGGGCAUCAUGUUUUACUUGAGACAACGGAUGAGUAAAAACAGAGCAGUGAUAGAGCAAGACGAGACCUUAGCGUCCUCUUUCUUCUCCUACGACGUUAAGAGUUUCCACCGCAUAAGUUUUGACCAAAGGGAGAUUCUUGAAGCUCUUGUGGACAAGAACAUCGUAGGUCAUGGUGGUUCGGGUACGGUCUAUAGAGUAGAACUCAAAUCCGGAGAAGUAGUUGCGGUGAAGAAACUAUGGAGCCAAAGCAGCAAAGACUCAGCUUCUGAAGACAAGAUGCAUUUGAACAAGGAGUUGAAAACCGAAGUUGAGACCCUCGGGAGCAUUCGCCAUAAGAACAUCGUGUUACAAGCUAGAGGGAAAGAUUCAACCACAACCGUUAUGGCUGGCACAUAUGGUUACUUGGCACCAGAAUAUGCGUACUCAUCCAAAGCAACGAUCAAAUGCGACGUAUACAGUUUUGGGGUUGUGUUAAUGGAGCUGAUCACGGGAAAGAAACCGGUGGAUUCGUGUUUCGGGGAGAACAAAAACAUAGUGAACUGGGUGUCAACAAAGAUUGACACAAAAGAAGGAUUGAUUGAGACACUAGACAAGAGAUUAUCGGAAACAUCGAAAGCGGACAUGAUCAACGCCUUGCGUGUAGCUAUCCGUUGUACCAGUAGAACUCCAACAAUUCGUCCUACUAUGAAUGAAGUAGUCCAGCUUCUGAUUGACGCAGCGCCUCAAGGAGGAGCCGACAUGACCACUAAAUCUACUAUCAAGAUUAAGGAUUCAAUAGUGUCAGAUCAUCUCACGCAAACAAGACUCUAGUCAUGCUUUCUUGAUGAAGAGGUGUAGCAACAGUUCGUAUAAUUAACUUCUAAAGAUAUCAUGUAUUUAAAUAUAUAUCAUAGAAGAAACUGCUUAUAUAUAUAGUCUUUUAAUACUUCUAUGUAUUUUAACAUCUAUAAAUACUUUGCUUAUUU